CUAAUCGAGUACCGAAUGAAUCGAUGACGGAACCUCCCAAACGGAUAGUCAAAACUCGCAAUGGCUGACAAAUUAAAUGCACAGAAAAGCGUCAGGAUAGCGGCUGGAGCUGUAGUUUGUGUUGAAAGCGAAAUCAGAGGAGAUGUUUCCAUUGGCCCCAGAACAGUCGUCCACCCCAAAGCUCGGAUCAUCGCAGAGGCAGGACCCAUAGUGAUUGGAGAAGGCAACCUGAUAGAAGAGCAGGCUCUCAUCAUCAACAGUUACCCAGAGAACAUCACACCAGACUCUGAGGUGGAACCAAAGACCAUGACCAUCGGUACGAACAACGUGUUCGAGGUCGGCUGUGUGUCACAGGCCCUUAAAAUUGGGGACAACAAUGUGAUUGAAUCUAAAGCUGACGUUGGCAGGAACGUGAUCCUGACCAGCGGCUGUAUCAUCGGAGCCUUCUGCCAGGUCAACACCUGCGAGGUCAUACCUGAGAACACGGUCAUCUACGGUUCUGGAUGUAUGAGGAGGGUGCAGACAGAGAGACCGCAGCCUCAGACUCUGCAGCUCGACUUUCUCAUGAAGAUUUUGCCCAACUACCACCACAUGAAGAAGACCAUUAAAGCAAGCCACACCACCAGUUAAAAUGGAUCAUUGCACAUCCUAAGUUAAAUUUUUACCUCUGCAACUUUAGGUUUAAUUAUUGUGACGUGAUAUAGCAUAAAUGUACACGUUUAUAAAGUACUUGGCCUGUUAUUUUUUAUCUAUAAGAGAUGAAGUGUUUCUUCUUGCACACUGCUGUGUUGAGGCAUUUUCUACAGAAAUUAAAUAAUUUAAUGUAAAAUGCUAACGUCUACAUGACGUAUGGACUAAGACACUUGAGGCAGCAUUAUGUACCCAUGUAAUUUAUUAAAAUAACUUCAAAAAGC